UAAAAAUAAAAAUAAAAUACAAAACAAGUGUGACUGACAACAAAUGCCGAGCUCAAUGAAAACGAUUACAGAGAAUCAAAACCCUAAAGAAGACUGCCAUUGCUGCUGUCAGUGUGACCUUCAAUUCAAAUCUGAAAUCGUUGAGCUCAGAUUCAUAAUUCCCAAUGUUGAGCUAUGUUCACAAACCCCAGUUCCGCCUCCAACGUAUAUUCCUCGCCUUCCUCAAUACAAACUCCGACUGUACCGGCGGAGCCAAUGUCGGAGGCCAACGAAGCCCAGUAGUACCCAUUCUCAAAUCCUUCUCCACUCUAUCACCUCCAACCUCUUCCUCUCCAACCGCCGAUUAUCUCAUAACUUCUCUUGGCAUCUCCCAUGAGUUAGCUUUUGCGGCGGCGCAGACAAUUGGUUCACACCGGGAACCUAAAUCCAAGUCCGAUGAUGUCAUCGCCCUUUUCAGACGAUACGGUUUCUCUUCCGAUCAAAUCGCUGAAAUAUUCUCCAAGUGCUCCCAGCUUUUCUGGUCCAACGCAGUGAAAACUCUCGAACCGAAACUUCAAUUCCUCUCCGAAAGCGGAAUGUCUCGCGAAAAUCUUGUUCUGAUCGUCUGCACCGAUCCUUUCCUUCUUAAACGAAGCUUGGAGAAGCACAUAUCGCCUUGUAUACAGUUUUUGAAGAGCUUCUACGGCGGCAUCGAUGACGUCAUUUCGCUUUUCUUGGCCAGGCGCGGCACUUGGGUACUCCGUCAGUUCUCGGGGGCAAUGGCGUCUAAUAUCGACACUCUGCGGAGUCACGGUGUGCCAGAUGAUAACAUCGUGAAAAUGUUGGAAAUUCGACCGAGAACUCUGGCUCAGAACGUGGACGAUUUCGAUGAGCUUGCGAGGGAAGCUAAGAGACUUGGUUUCGACAUAUCGAGCUCGAUGUUUAUCCAUGGAAUGGCCAUUCUUUCGGGGAUGAAAAAGGACAAAUGGGUGUCGAAAAUGGACGUUUUCAAGAGCUUUGGGUGGUCUGAAGACCAAUUUCGGUGUUUGUUCGUUAGACAACCCCAAGUAAUGGGUGCCUCAAAGGAGAGACUGAAGAUGGCAUUGGAGUUCUUUAUGACCAAGUUUCAAUGGGGUCCUAGUGAAUUUUGUAAAUAUCCUAAUGUUCUCUUGUUUAGCUUUGAGAAAAGGAUAUUGCCAAGGACCUCAGUGCUUCAGAUUUUGCUCUCAAAACGUCUUGUAGAUAAGAAGAGUAUCGGUAGAGCUUUCUUCUAUUCGAACGAUGUGUUCUUGAAAAAAUUUGUGGAGCAUCAUCAACCAGCCCUUCCGCAGCUCUUAGAGUUGUUUUCCAUAACAAAGGUUGAAGAAGAUGUUGUAUUAUGCAGUGGAAACUAAGGUGGCAUCUCUAACUUGUUCUCUAUUAAUAAUUUUUUUCUUUCCAUUCUUCAAUGAUUGAUGGAAAAUUGUUAUAUCUAUAGAAAAAAGUUAGUUCUUUCAUAUAAAUUUGAUUUGUGUAGUUCAUUCAUUUUAAUGAUGAAAAUUGUACUCGAGGUCAAAUUCAUCUUGUACUAUUGAAUUGGACUAUGAUAGCAAAACCAAGAUAUGAUUUUGGAAAUUAAGUUUAGAUAAUUGAAUAAAAAAUGAGUUAGAACCAUCUUGACCGAGAAA